UCUCCGCGGCGCGGAGCCGCGAUGUCUCCGGCGGCUGCGGCGGCUGGAGGAGGCGAGCGGCGGCGGCCCAUUGCGAGCGUCCGUGAGGGCCGGGGCCGCGGCUGCGGUGGGCCGGCCGGGGCGGCGCUGCUCGGCCUGUCGCUGCUCGGCCUCGUGCUGUACCUGGUGCCGGCGGCGGCGGCGCUGGCCUGGCUGGCCGUGGGGGCGACCGCGGCCUGGUGGGGACUGAGCCGCGAGCCCCGAGGUUCGCGCGCCUGGUCCUCGCUCGUUCGCCCCGCGCGGCGCCAGCGCACGUUGCUCGCCUCUCCGCCGGCGAAGGCGGCGGCCAACGGCAGUCUCCUAGAGCCGCGGACCCUGCUGGAAGGGCCCGACCCCGCCGAGCUGCUCCUCAUGGGCAGCUACCUGGGCAAGCCUGGCCCGCCGCCGCCCCGCCGCGCGCCCGCGCGCUCCCCGCCCGCCCCCGCCGUAGCUCCUCGCGUCCAUCACGUCCCCCCCUCGCUGUCCACUCCGCUGCUGCGACCCGCCUGGAGGCCCCCGCGCCGGAAUACUGGGACUUUAUCCAGUCGGUUUGUCAUAACGCCUCGAAGACGCUACCCAAUCCAGCAGGCCCAGUAUUCCUUACUGGGGGUGCUGCCCACAGUGUGCUGGAAUGGUUGCCACAAGAAGGCCGUGCUCUCUGCACGUAACUCGAGGAUGGUCUGCAGCCCUGUGACCGUGAGAAUUGCCCCUCCGAACAGCAAACCAAUGCGUUCUCCAGCAUCAGAGCAGAUAACCACGUCGAUACUGUCCUCGUCAUCAAGUGAUGUCCGGGACCCGUGUGCAAAAGAGACUGUGCUAAAUGCCCUCAGAGAGAGGAAGAAAAGGGCAGUGGAGGAAGAAGACCAAGUACUAGAUGAUGUCCAGGAAAACAAGCGAAGGCGCCAUGAUAGCAGUGGGAGUGGACAUUCAGCAUUUGAACCCCUCGUGGCCAACGGAGUCCCUGCUUCUUUUGUGCCUAAACCUGGGUCCCUGAAGAGAGGUCUCACUUCCCAGAGCUCAGAGGACCACUUGAACAAGCGGUCGCGCACCUCUUCUGUGAGCUCCCUGACAAGCACGUGCACAGGUGGCAUCCCUAGCUCCAGCCGCAAUGCCAUCACCAGUUCCUACAGCUCUACCCGGGGCAUCUCACAGCUUUGGAAGAAGAGUGGUCCCACCUCAUCCCCCUUCUCUAGCCCAGCCUCCUCCCGUUCCCAGACACCAGAGAGGCCAGCUAAGAAAACCAGAGAAGAGGAACUGUGCCUUCAAUCCAGUUCUUCCACUCCACUGCUCACAGACAAGGAGUCCCAGGGAGAAAGUGUUGCAGACACUACCACAAGGAAGCAACAGAGUUCAUGGACUUCCUCGCCCACAUCUGGCAGCUCUGGGAAACGGAAACGAAAGAUUCAGCUGCUGCCCUGUAGGCGAGGAGACCAGCUGACUUUGCCUCCGCCUCCCCAGCUUGGUUACUCUGUCACUGCCGAAGACCUGGACAUGGAGAAGAAAGCGUCACUCCAGUGGUUUAAUAAGGCCUUGGAGGACAAGACCGAUGCAGCCUCGAGCUCUGUCACUGAGAACCCACCCACAACUCAGCCUUCCUUUACUUUCACCCCACCUGCCUCAGAGCCUGCUUCCUCUCCAGCCUCCCUCCCGGCCCCCAGUGUGAACCCACUGUUGGAUAGCUUAAAGAAAAUGCAGAGCCCCCCGGGCCCGCCAGCCUUCCCAGAGUCUGCUGAGGUGGCAACCUCUUCAGCCCCUUCACCUCCAAAGACACCCAGCCUUCCGGCCCCUCUUGGCUCUUCACUGCCAGCACCUCUGCCAGGCACUUCUUCAGACUCAAAGUCCACAGACACCUUCCUGGGACUGGCCCCUGCUUCCUCCAUGACAACAGUCACUGACACCAAGUCACCUCCAACACUGCAGACUGAGACAUCCGACAAAACCCAAGAACCUCCAGCCCUAGCCCCUACCCCCAAGCCAAGCAUGGUGUUUGGGAUGCCCAGCAGCCAGCCUCCCCGCCCUUCCUCCCCCGCUGCUUCUUCCUCCCCCGCUGCUCCUGGUGUAUCUUCUGCCUCUCCCAUGUUCAAACCCAUUUUUCUGGUCCCACCCAAAAGUGAGAGCGACAGUUCCCUGCCUUCUAGCCCCUCAGCCACAACCCCAGCCUCUUCCAGCUCUACCCUCCCCACCACGACCAGCACCACCACCCCGACUUUCAAGCCCAUCUUUGGCAGCAUGGGGCCACCUACCUCUCUGUCCUUGACACCCUUCUCCUUCAAGCAGACAGCUACUUCAGUCACCACUGCAGCCACUAUUGCCCCUGUCUUCACUGGCUUGACCACCACCACCUCCACAACAGCUUCUGUCACCAACACCAGUACAUCCACAGACUCCACUCCAAAGCCCAUGUUUGGCUUUGGCGUAAACACUGUGGCCAGCACCACCACUUCCACCUCUCAGCCCUUCCUCUUUGGGGCUCCCUCUACUUCUGCCACCCCCUUCCCCACAGCUGUGGGCUCUGUGUUCCAGUUUGGCAAGCCUGCAGCCCUGCCAACCUCUACAGCGGUCACCUCCUUUGGCCCGCCCCUUCCCAGUGCUGCUCAGCCAGCCACCAGCGGCAACAGCACCAGCACCACUGGUUUCAGUGGCUUUGGCCGCCCCCUUACCACCUCAGUCACAGCCACGGCCACCACCAGUCACCCAACACUGACCUUCAGCACCAGCCCUGCCUUCAACAUUCCCCUUGGCUCCAGUGCCAAGCCCACCCUCCCCUCCUACCCAGGAGCUGGCACUCAGCCCACAUUUGGGGCCACAGAGGGGCAGCCGCAGGGGGCCAGCAAGCCAGCCCUUGCCCCAAGCUUUGGUGGCUCCUUCACUUUUGGAAACUCUGCAGCCCCAGCCCCAUCUGCAGCGCCAGCGCCAGUGCCAGCACCAACCCAGACAGCCUUUGGUGGCAAUGUGCAGUCUGCUUUUGGUGGCCUGAAAGGCACCACCUCCACUUUUGGCACGCCUGCCAGCACACAGCCUACUUUUGGCAGCACCACAGCGGUGUUCUCCUUUGGGGCAUCUACCACCUCUGGCUUCGGGGCCACCACGCAGACCACCAGCACAGGGACCAGCAGCUCCGUGUUUGGCAGCUCUACUCCAUCCCCUUUCACAUUUGGGGGCUCAGCAGCCCCAGCUAGCAGUGGGGGCUUUGGGCUCAGUGUGGCAGCCCCAGGCACCAGUUCCUCUGGAGCGUUUAGCUUUGGAGCUGGACAGAGUGGGACCACAGGCACCACCACCCCAUUUGGGGGUGGCUUGAAUCAGAAUGCCCUGGGGACACCUGGCCAGAGCACACCCUUUGCCUUCAACGUGGCCAGCACACCUGAGAGCAAGCCUGUGUUUGGAGGCACCUCCACACCCACCUUUGGGCAGAGCACCCUUACCCCUGGAGUGGGUGCAUCGGGCAGCAGCCUCUCCUUUGGCACCUCCUCAACACCCACCCAAGGCUUCGUUGGAGUCGGGCCUUUUGGAUCAGCGGCCCCUUCAUUUUCCAUUGGUGCGGGAUCCAAGACCCCAGGGGCUCGACAGCGACUGCAGGCUCGAAGGCAGCACACCCGCAAGAAAUAAUCUCUGUCCCUGUCCU